AUGAAUCAGGUGUUAUAUAUAGUACUAUUGAUUAGUCUGGUAAACACUAAUCCUGUCGAUUAUCUUGGACAUGGUUUCACACUGGUACCACAUGCGGUAAAUGUGGCAUCACCAGUAGUAAAAGAAGAGCCAGCGGCUUAUCCGAAAUAUCGUUUCGAGUAUGGAGUGAAGGACAGCCACACAGGUGACAUCAAGGAACAGUCAGAGGAACGCGACGGCCAUGCAGUUAAAGGAGAAUAUUCUCUCGUAGAACCUGAUGGAACUAUUCGGAAAGUUAAAUACGAAGACGAUGGACAUAGCGGAUUCAAUGCCGUUGUUACAAAAGAAGGUCACGCUGUUCAUCCACCAACGCCAGUAAAAAUCAAUUAUCAUCACUAAAAGUGCUAUUUUCAUUUAGCAGUAGUUGAGUUGUUAG